AUGGGAACACGUGGUGUUAUACUUAUUCGUACACGUAAACCUAAAAGAAAAGAAAUGAGUGUGAUGGGUGAGCCAGCUGGAAGUCAAUACUUUUAUGAAUAUUAUGUUUGUAUUUAUCAACACUUUGAUGGAUAUGUCAAAGGUGGUUUGGGUGAAUGGUUGGCUAACUUUCUCUAUGAAUUUACACACAAUCUUUCAACUUAUCCUGAUACCGGCCUCCUUGCAACUAGAUUAAUUGAGGGCCUCUAUUCGAGUAAUUUUUUCGUAAAUCCACGUCUUGUUCCUAUUGCACCCUUGGAAGAAAUGUUCCAUAGUGAUUACGAUUAUGUGUACAUUAUUACUGUCUCGUGCGAUUCAAAUCUUGGUUUAAAUGAUAAAUCCAUCAUGUUAAGUGUAUGCUACUAUAGAGAAUUUAUUUUAACUGCACGACCAGAGAAGUUUUUAGAAAAGUACAAAUAUUAUAUUACACAAAUAAAAGAAAAUAAUAAAUCAUUUGCAGAGAUCAGUUAUGAUGAUGAUGAGGUAGAAAAAAAUGGAUACCUUUCAGAAGAUCAACUUCUUAUCAAAUUUCUAAAAGAAAUACCAUGA